AUGAGGAGCCUUUCCGUUCUGCUCUUGCUCUUUACCGGACUCUCUUCUGCGUUCCCAGCAGAUCCAGGGAUGACUAAUGAAGAAAGCAUGCUACUGGCUCAGGCAUAUCUCAACCAGUUCUACUCUCUUGAAAUAGAAGGGAGUCAUCUUGCACAAAACAAGAGCAGGAGUCUCCUAGCUGGCAAAAUCCGAGAGAUGCAAGCAUUUUUUGGAUUGACAGUGACUGGAAAACUGGACUCAAACGCUCUUGAGAUCAUGAAGAAACCCAGGUGUGGGGUGCCCGACGUUGGCCAAUAUGGCUACACGCUACCUGGGUGGAGAAAACACAACCUUACAUACAGAAUAAUGAACUACACGCCAGAUAUGGCACGAGCUGAUGUGGAUGAGGCUAUCCAAAAAGCACUGGAAGUAUGGAGCAAGGUGACCCCACUGGUCUUUACCAAGGUUUCCAAAGGGAUUGCAGACAUCAUGAUUGCCUUUAGGACCCGAGUCCAUGGUUGGUGCCCUCGCCAUUUUGACGGCCCUUUGGGAGUUCUGGGCCAUGCGUUUCCUCCUGGUCUCGGUCUGGGUGGAGACACACACUUUGAUGAAGAUGAAAACUGGACCAAGGAUGGAGAAGGAUUGAACUUGUUUCUUGUGGCUGCUCAUGAAUUUGGUCAUUCACUGGGCCUCUCUCACUCCGGUGACCCAAAAGCAUUGAUGUUCCCAAACUAUGUCUCGAUGGAUCCUAGUAAAUACCCACUUUCUCAGGAUGAUAUCCGUGGAAUCCAGUCCAUCUAUGGAGGUUUGCCUGCGGCAACGGCAAAGCCAAAGGAAACCACUGUGCCCCAUGCCUGUGACCCUGACUUGACUUUUGAUGCCAUCACCACUUUCCGCAGAGAAGUGAUGUUCUUUAAAGGCAGAUUCCUCUGGAGGAUUUAUUAUGAUAUUACUGAUGUUGAAUUUGAAUUAAUUGCUUCAUUCUGGCCAUCUCUACCAGAAAAUGUUCACGCUGCCUAUGAGAACCCUAAAGAUAAGAUUCUUGUUUUCAAAGAUGAUAAGUACUGGAUGAUCAGAGGAUACGCUAUUUUACCGGAUUAUCCCAAAUCCAUCCACACCCUUGGCUUUCCAAGAAAUGUGAAGAAAAUUGAUGCAGCCGUCUGUGACCAAAACACAAGGAAAACCUAUUUCUUUGUGGGAAUUUGGUACUGGAGGUAAAUUCACAGAGAACUAACUCCUGGACUUUCUUUAUUAGAAUGUGUGGAAUCUAAUCAUGAUCCUUUCUCUUUAGGAUUCUUCUACUUCUUCCGUGGAUCAAAGCAAUUUGAGUAUGAUCCUAAAACAAAGAAUAUCACCCGGAGGAUGAAAACCAAUACCUGGCUGCAGUGUAAAGAGCCAUUGAACUCAUAUGAUUUGGGCACCGAGAAGGAAAUACUCUAUUCGGGAACAGUGGAAGUGUCUUAUCAUAAAAGUUUAAGCUUAGUCAUUUUUAUUAUUGUCCAUCUGCUGAAAAAGAUAUACAUUUAUCGAUAA